AUGCCAAGGCUGACUGAGUGUAUCCAGAUAUACAAUGGUAAAACACUGCUUGGUGUGGAAGGUGAGAGUGGGUCUGUAGUCAAUGCUGGUUAUCCUGGGGCCUAUUCUGCAGGGUCAGAUGUACCUGCUAUGUGUGAAGUGGCAUUGCGUGCUUGCAACAGUUGUCGAUUUCACAUUGACUUUGAAAAACUGCAAUUCCCUGUGUGUAACAUCAGUCCAACAGUUGAAUACACUUCACAACUGAGAGCAGAAAAUUGGUGUUUACCAGGUUGUGACCACAUUCAUGUGUCCGAGGGUGACCGACCUUACAAUCUGUAUUUUCACAAGAAUUAUUUCAGCGUUAAUGAGACCACUUCAUAUGAUUCAAUAUCAUCAUAUGUUCGAAUAAUCCACUGUAUGUCUAAUGCUACUCUGCCUGAAGGAAAGAAAUUCAAAAUUAUAUACAGAGUGGUAGCAAAAAAAAAAGAAUUCACUGGUUCUCCAAACACAGAAGGUUCCAGCAGCGGUUUCUUGGUAUCUCCAAACUUUCCACAUGGAUAUGCACUAAAUGGAGAGAUAUUUAUUUAUUCCAUACAAAAUCUUGAUCACAAAGGAUUUAUACAACUAGUUUUUGAUGACUGGGAUGUUGCUCAGGAAAGUGAGAUCCAGGUUUUUGAUGGCAAUUUGCAACCACCAAUAAUCUUGAAACAUUUUGAAAGACCAAUAAUAUUUUCCAACACCAGCUCUUUACUUCUGCUUUUCUAUACUGGAUCUAAAUUGGCUUCUUGCUGCUCAAACAUUGGAUUUAAAGCCACUUUUUCAUUUGUAUCAGAGAGAAGUCGAGAAAAUAUAAGAGUUGAUUGUGGAGCAACAUUACCAACUAGUAUUGGUGGUGGAAUAUCAUUUCAUGGCAUGUCCUCAAUGUAUGGAUUCUCUUAUGAUUGUGUUUGGGUGAUUAAGAAAAUUCCUGAAGAAAAGUAUAAUUAUCAAAUUCAUUUACACUUGAAAGAAUUGUCUAUGAAAGAUGGUUGGGAAUUUGAAAAAAAGAACAGUUUAGAGAUCCAUAAUGGAAUCAGUUCUGUUGAACGGCUUGUAGCCCAAUAUACAUGCACUCAGUAUUCCCAGACACAAACAUGGAACACUCAUGAUCAAAGUCAGGGCUUUUAUGUGAGACUGAGGGGAAACUUUUACCGACAAGACAAAAUUCGUUUUUCAUAUACAGCAGCAAGCACAAUGACAAAAGAUGGUUGUCCAGAAAAGUUCAAGUAUCCAUGUUUUAAUAUCCUUUGCAUUGCACUGAGUCUGAAAUGUGAUGGCAUUGACCACUGUGGAGACAAUUCAGAUGAGGCUCCUGCACUAGAAUGUUCUUCCCCUGAUCAUGACAAAGUUAACAAACAGAAUUCCUGCGAAGGCAAGUUUUUAUGUGAUGAUAAUGUUUGCCUUGAUAUGUCCCACAAUUGUGACAACAUUCAAGAUUGUGCAGAUGGAUCUGAUGAAAAAUCAUGUCAUGAAUUAAAUCCUGUUACUAAUGGAUGGAAAUUUUCAAUCUGUAGCAAACUAUUACAUCUCUCAAUCAUCUUUCAUAUUGUCAAAGUGUUUUUAUAA